UCAGCUGCUGAUGUUGGAGCUCUCCGCUACGCCUCUGCACAUCUGCCUGCCCCCAUCUUCCCCCGACACACACCUGUUGACGGCUUGUGAAGACGGCUUGUACUGCUACAAAACACAACUGGGAGGAAACAGCACCACAAAGAGGUCGAAGGAAAUGGAAAUAACUUUUCCCAUUUAUAAAAAGGAGGGCAAACAACACGACUAUCACACUAUCGAUGGUUUGAGUUUUCUUUCUGAUGAUGUUGUGGCCUCUAAGAGCCACACCCACGGAUCCAUUUACCUUUGGAGCUGGAGCAGGACCAGGUCUCAGCGGCCGGACAAGAAGAACGGCUCUGUGUGUGCUGUGGUUCUGGCUGAGCUGCAGUGGGCCAACACUGACAUUCCCUACCUGGCUCUAAAUACCUGCCCAGGACGGAACUACAUAGCAUGUGGCGAUGACAAGGGCCAGAUAUGGACUUAUCACGUCACCAACCUCCAGAAAAACAGCCUACAGACCGGGAGACCCAUUCCACCCACUGAGGUGUUAGAUUGGCCAGCUCCGAUGAGAAAAGGCCUGGGCCGAAUGGAGGGCCCCUCCAUCAACAGCGUGGCGAUGGACCCUGAGCUUCACUACCUGGUCGGCCUGACUGAUAAGAACAUGGUGAUGAUUUGGAAAACUGAGGCGUCUUCCUGAAGAAACAUGGACAAUUUCGGGAUUUACAGUCUUUUAGACCUUGUGGCUGUCUUUAUCCCGUCGGAAAAGAGGUGAAAGUACCAUAUGUUGGUAUUUUCUUUAGAAACAGUGUUCCUCAUUUUCAGGACAUCCAACAAA